AUGCCUCUCUCCGAUAUCAUCAACGUCGAGAAACAAUUGGCAUUCUAUGGCGCAUACCAUUCAAAUAAAAUAAAUGUCCUCAUCCAUGUCGUAUGCGUUCCAUUAAUUGUCUGGUCCUUUCAGGCUUUGGUAGCUCCGUUGCCCGUUCCCUCUUUCUUUCCUGCCUACCACCACGUUGUCAAUAACUACAUGGUUUUCGACGUGAACUAUGCCACUGUCAUGGGCGUCGUUUAUUUGGCCUACUACUUCAUGCUUGAACCUAUUGCCGCUUUGCUCUACACGCCCAUGAUGACCGUGACUGUCCUGACGGCUACAGCAUUUUCCCAGAGGCCGGGAUUUACCUCACAGGCCAUCGCUGUUCAUGCUUUCUCUUGGAUUGCUCAAUUUGCAGGCCAUGGAUUUGCCGAAGGGCGAGCCCCGGCCUUACUGGACAAUUUGCUCGGUGCCGUUGUGCUUGCUCCCUUUUUUGUGCAUCUUGAAGUUCUCUUUCAUCUUGGUUACCGCCCAACGAUGCAGAAGCGCAUUAACAAUGCCAUCGGUGUCGAGAUAACCAAGAUUCGCAAGGCAGACGGUGAGAAACGUCGCAAAACCCAGUGA